AUGUUCCAAGAGGCACUAAGACGCAAGGUGCGUGACUUGGUGCAGUUCCUGCUCUACAAGUAUCGGAGCAAGGAGCUGACCACCAAGGCAGAAAUGCUAGCGAUGGUCAUCAGAGAUUAUAUGGGGUAUUACCCUGUGAUUUUUAAAGAAGUUUCUGACAACUUGACACUGAUCUUUGGCAUUAACAUGGUGGAAGUGGACCACCUUGUCCACUCCUAUGCCCUUGUCAGAGCCCUAGGGAUCACCUAUGAUGGGCUGCUGCAUGGUGUCCAAGGCAUGCCCAAGACAGGCCUCCUUAUCAUCAUGCUAGGUAUCAUCUACUUGAAAGGUGAGCAUGUCAGGGAGGAGGCAAUCUGGGAAGUGCUAAGUAUGAUGAGAAUAUAUCCCGAACAAAAUCAUUGUGUCACUGGGAAUCCCAGGAUGCUCUUCACUGAAAUUUUUGUACAGGAAGGAUACCUAGAGUACAGAGAGAUACCCUACACUAACCCUGUUCAGCAUGAGUUCCUAUGGGGCCCAAGGGCCUUUGCUGAAACUAGUAGGGAGAGAAUUUUGGAGUUUUUGGCCAAGAUCACUGGGCUCCUCUAA